AUGGACCAUUACUCACCAUUAGAAAACAUAUUUAAUGUUAUUGGUGGUCUUCCUCAGGGCCACGACAAACCAGUCAAGCAUGCAUUGUAUAACUCUGUGGCCCUGUUCCUUCUAUUCCUAAGCUGUGCUGCUGCAUAUGCUGUCUACAUGAUAUUGGAGCCCUUUUUCAAACCACUGAUAUGGGCCGUCUUGGUAGGAUCAGCUCUACAUCCUUUGAAGAGGUCAUUGAAAUGCAGAUUCCAGACAUGGUUCGAGAAUUUAUCAGUUACCAAUACUCCCAUAAUACUAGGAGUACUGCUUUUACCAGUGAACAUUAUUCAUGAUGUAUCAGAGUUUAUAGGUGAGAAUAUAUGGAAGAGGUUCAAGCUGAUAGUAGGUUUUGGAGUAUCAAUUCCAAUAAUAUGUGUUCUGUACCAUUACACCCCAAAGCUGAUAGUUUCAAUAACUUGGCAGAUUCUACUGUAUGUGUGGAAUACUCUGAACUUCAUUCUGAACAACUCUUCAUUGGGAGUACUGUCUUUUAUAAUAAUAGGAUAUAUAACAAUUGUUAUCCUUAUGUGGCAACCUGAAAACAAUGUGAGAUUCCACUAUGCUUCCAUUAUAAUUUGGCUUAUGUGUUCAUCAUGUCUUGCACAGCAGUUUGGCAGUUUCCAAGUUCCUGUGUUUAUUGUAUCUCAGAUUAUAAUAUUUGGAGGGUUCCUCUUGGAGAUAUACACUAUUUAUGAUACUAUGAAAAAUUCUGGACAUCCUAUUUCUGUAACUGAAUCUUUAUUGUUAGCUUUACAUGAUAAACAAGAAGAUACUGUUACCUCUGAGAAUCCUAGUAAUGAAUAUAUUGAAGUGAAAAAGACUAAACAAUUAAGCUUCAAAGACAAGCCCGAAAAGCUGGAAGAAUCACUCUCAAAUCAAUCAAACAAAAAAGACCCAUGGGCUCUUGAAUUAUUUGAAGAUGAAAAUUGUGAUUUAAGAAACCAAAAAAAACCAACAGUGCCAAGUAUUGAACUUCAUAGAACUGAUAUUAAAAAAUCCCUUAGGUUACAGAGAUCUUUGUCUCAACCUCAGUUUUCUACAAAACUUCGCAAAGGUUCUAUACUGAAACUUGGACAACAACUGAAUCUGAAUUUUUCCAGUUCCAGUCUAGUUGAUACUGAAACAUAUGGAAGCACUUUUUACUUAUACUCAGUAUUCUGGGCUUGCAUCCUAAUGCUCUUAUGGAAAAAUAUCAUGCUCCUUCCCCUGUUACCAUUGCCAAUAUUAUUUUACCUCAUAAAACAUUUGGGCUUGUAUAUUGGAUUAUGGAGCUGUUUGAUUGAGAAAUUCCACAUCAUUUUAGAUAUAAUAGUGAAUUGGUGCCAAGAGAGACAUGAUGCUCUGGUACCUGUUCCUAUAAGAGGCAUUUACCACACUGCACAUAGAAUCAACCAGGCCAUCAAAACUGGAAUCAGAGAGAGCAUAGACACAGUAGCAAGUGUUGUGGUUAUAUUUGGCCUUAUCAUAUUCCUAAUUUGCGCCUCUGUAUUCAUAGUACUGCAAAUCUAUGCAGAAGGCAUAAUGCUAGCCCAAAUGACAGGUAACCUCAUCAACCAAACUGUGGUCCACAAUCCUGAAUUGAGACAGCUUUUGCCUCCAGCAUGGGAUGACACCAUGGAUUCAAUCUUGGACAAUGCUUAUCAGUAUGGCAGGGAAGGCAUUUCAAAAGCUGUCAAGGCCAUGAUGUCUGGUGUGGAUCAUGCCAAAUCAGAAAAACUGGAGAAGCAAGUCUUAGAGCUGUGGGACAGGGUCUACCAAAACUGGAUGUCUUCAAAUGACUCUUAUGGUCCUAGUGUGACUGAAGAUGCAGUGAGAAAUUCAUGGGAGACAUUUGUCAAUGACCUUCAGAAAUCUCCAGAGAUGUUAAACCUAGAUGGACUCAUGGAUUUUGGCAAGCAGAACAUAGGUACCCUUAUGUCUCUACUGGAAUCAGUUUGGGGAAUCUUGAAGGGAAACAUAACUCUAAUCCUAGGCUCUAUGAGUACUUUUCUAUCAGUUAUAUUAGGAGGUGGCUCUGCUGUACUGAAUUUCAUACUAAAUGUUGUGGUGUUUCUAACCACUCUGUUUUACCUGCUGAAUUCUAGUGGCGACCUCUACAAACCUGUGGAAAUACUGACAAAUUUCUCACCUACUGGCAGACGGAUUGGAAAUGCACUAGAAGGUGCUGUCAAUGGCGUUUUUUCUGCCUCCUUCAAGAUGGCUACGUUUUACGGGAUGUGGACUUGGUUCAUACAUAACCUCUUUGGUGUCAAAAUCGUUUAUUUACCUACAGCUUUUGCUACCAUACUAGGGGCUGUACCUUUUCUGGGUACUUACUGGGCUUGUAUACCAGCAGUUCUGGACUUGUGGCUAUCACAAGAGAGGGGUGUUUCUGCGAUUUUGUUUGCUGCUUUCCAGUUUCUCCCUACUUCUAUAGUAGACACUACAAUUUACAAGGAAAUCAAAGGUGGGGGGCAUCCAUACUUGACAGGUCUGGCGAUAGCAGGAGGGAUAUUCUGUCUUGGCGUGGAAGGGGCGAUAAUGGGGCCUAUGUUACUGUGCGGCCUGUAUGUUGCCGUUGAUUUGUCUUCUAGUCUGUUCAAGGAAUCGCCGUCCGAAGAAUCUUUGAAAGCAAGGUCCAGUGGAUCACAAAAUAAUGCUUGA